GUUGAGCAACAUGUAUCUCACAAUUUGUCGUUUCGUCAGUGCCGCUGCCAGGCUGUAUGCACACACCAAGCACAGCAUGGCAUACAGUGCAAAGAUAGGUCCAUCCAUCCUGAGCAGCGACUUGUCCUGCUUGGGCAGCGAGUGUGUGCGGAUGAUGGAGUGUGGGGCGGACUAUUUGCACCUGGACGUCAUGGACGGGCAUUUUGUCCCCAACAUCACAUUUGGUCACCCCAUGGUGGAGUGCCUUAGGAAAUGCGUGGGCCAAGACCCCUUUUUUGAUAUGCACAUGAUGGUGUCCCGACCGGAGCAGUGGGUGAAGCCCAUGGCUGCAGCAGGAGCCAGCCAGUACACCUUCCACUUGGAGGCCACAACCAACCCUGGAAACCUCAUCAAGGAGAUUCGAGAAAGCAGAAUGAAGGUGGGGUUGGCCAUCAAACCCGGGACUACGGUGGAAGAAUUGGCUCCCUGGGCCAACCAGAUCGACAUGGCUCUGGUCAUGACUGUGGAGCCCGGUUUUGGAGGACAGAAGUUCAUGGAUGACAUGAUGCCGAAGGUGAGCUGGCUGCGCAGUCAGUUCCCUUCGUUGGACAUCGAGGUGGACGGGGGGGUCGGUCCCGACACCAUUCACAAGUGCGCCGAGGCGGGGGCCAACAUGAUCGUGUCGGGCAGCGCUGUGAUUGGAAGCGACGACCCGCGCUCCGUCAUCGCACUCCUGCGCACGGCGGUGGCCGAGGCAAUCCAGAAGCGCUCGCUGGACCGCUGACAUCCUGUGGACCGGCCUCGGCGUGGACUUGUUGGGGUGGCGGGGGCCGGAGAGGCUGAGUUGUGCCGGUUUGGAUUCCGUCAGAUAUAAGAUGAGGCUCUAACCUCCGAGUCUCAUCUCAGCGCAGGAUGGCGGAUCAUGGAAUUCAAGAUUGGAGCAAAAAAAAAAAAACUGCAGAAACAUUCCGGAAAAGAUCGUCUGUCGUUUCAAUCAUUCAUGGAGAUUAACUGAGUUAAUUGUAAAAGUUUGACUAUUUUUUCUUCCAUUAAAUCUUGUUUAAAAGAUAAAAAAGGUUGAACAGUUUUGCUAAAAUUCUAAGUGGUCUUAUUCUUUGAUUUAUUCCCCAAAUUAUAGUUUUGGGAAACAUUUUCAAGUUUAGUUCAUACUAUAAUAACCCUGUAGUCAUGGAAACGAUGUUAGAUCUGCAAAAAAAAAAAAAAAACUAAUGUGAAUUUCUCCAAUUUGCAAAGCAGUUUUAGUUGUUGGUUUGACAGCAGCUUGAAAAUGUUUCUCUGCUAAUGAGAAACACGCAUCUGUUUUAAAAGAGGAUUAAAAGAUUCCUAAAUGCUUAAAAGUUCAAGCUUGAACCUCUCAAUGUCAAAACCGAACUUCUUCUGCCACGACUGAACUCCCAAAUCAA